AUGAUGAAGAAUAGCGGCUCUGACCGACGACCAUAUGAUAUCCGGCGCGUGUCGCUCAUGCAGCCAAACAAGGCCCUGAGCCAGGAUGCUCUGGCUAGACUCUCUCUGUAUGAAGAAGUAAAUCGCCAAUUUGCCCACGAAUUCCCCCAGACGGCCUGGAAUACGGGCAACAGUUUUCGCCUGCCAUGGUUUUUCUCACCCCGUUCAGAACAGCAGGAAGAUAUGACUACCGCUUCAGCAGAUAACACGACAUCUACAAGUAAUUCAGCAGUUCAUAUGCCGGCCCACGACUUUGAGUUUAUUACUCCCACAGACUAUAGUCACUCCGCCCACAACGAUGAUGGCGAUUAUUUUGAUGUCCUAUCCGCUACGACGUCUCCGACAACGUCGCUAAUGAGUUCACCUUCAGAGCUCUCGGACAUGCCAGAUCCAUUUACCACCCUCAGUGCCGACUUUGACCCGCAUUGGGACCUCGAUACAUUGGAUUCACUAUUCCCCUGGGGCAAUGAUCAGGCUCAGGGAGCAUACCACUGCGCACAUUCGAAGCGAAGCAAGGGCAUAUGUGAAGCGAACGAACAGGAACAGUUGGAGGGGUCAGGUCUCAUGGUUCACCCACCCCUCUACGAGUGCCCUACAGAGCACAACAUGAUGCUACACCCAGAGAGAGAGUUUCGAGGCUCCGAAAACCACGAUAUAGCUGAAGAAUCUCGUGUAGAUAGGAAGAAAAUGAAGAACAUGAAUCAGAUUAUCCUUAAUUUGAAUCGUUUGGGGAGCCGGCUACGCGACGAUGCCCGACGGCAGCUAUAUUCGGCGUCUCUGCUCAGCUCCAUCAGGCUGAACGAGACUGGCCGGCCGAUUCCCUCAUCUGAGCUCUCGGCUGCCGACGACGUGAUCCUGACGGGCCUCGCCCAACUGGGUGCCCUCCAGACCGGCACCGAUAGGUCCCUCAUCUCCCUGUUCGACGCCCACCGCCAGUGUAUCGUGGCCGAAGCAACGCCCACCCAGCGCCUGUGUCCAUCGAUCAAGAGCGACGACUGCGAACGCCCCCUCUGGCUAUGCGGCACCGCUAUUCCUCGCAGUCAUGGAGUUUGCGAGCUCAGUCUCCUCGGGGAGGCUGCCAAUGGGGAAUCGGCAAGGGAGCUCCCCCUGACCUUGGCCUACGACCUCGUCGUUGACUCUCGAUUUUGUGCCAAGCCGUUUUGCCAGCCAGGCACCUUGGCUCGAUUCUAUGCUGCUGUCCCGAUACGAACUCGACGUGGUAUCAAUAUCGGUGUAUAUUGUGUCAUCAACGAAGCACCAAAUUUGACUUGGAAUGAUGGCCACUCCCAGCGGUUACGAGAUAUAUCCUGUGCAAUCAUGGACCAUCUCGAGGCGCAGAGGUUAAAGGUUUUGCAUAGGCGAGACAUACGAAUGAACAGGGGCUUGGGGUCAUUUAUUGAAGGCAAAUCAUCUAUACUUGACUGGCAACAGCCUACAACAGGCCCUCCUACUGAAGGGGGAUGCCAGACGCUUGCAAACAGCCCUAAUUUCAUGCGGUCUUCCCAGCAGCAACAGCAGCAACAGCAACAGCAGCAACAGCAACAGCAGCAGCAGCAGCGAGACGAUUUUGGAGAUGAUCUUGCAACCCAACUAUCGCCAAUGUCUCAAUUGCCGGACCCGAACGGUACGACAAACCCGAUUGACGCAAUCUCUGAACACGAUCAGCGUACAUUCUCCGUCGAUAGCUCAGAGGCCAUGCUCUCUGAAGCCAAAGCCAUGGCUGCCUUGACAGAGGACGAAAGUUCCGUGCUCAUUAUAUCCAAGGCUGCCAAUCUUAUCCGAGAGUCAAUCGAGGUGGAAGGCUGCCUUGUUUUUGAAGCUCCAAUUCAGCCAUACCUGUCUCAGACGCACACCAACAUUACAAACGACGAAGAAUGCCAGACAUCUACAGCGAGUAGCAGCGAAGAAGACCUUGAAAUGAGACGUCGAAGUAGGGCCAUGCCGGUAUCUAGGCUCAUUGGCUACGCUACGUCCAGAGCAUCGAGCAUCGAUGGAGACGCUCCAGGUCAACCUCGCAUAACGCUGACAGACAGCUUCUUGUCUAAACUUAUUCGCCGGUAUCCUAAGGGCCAAAUUUUCAACUUUGGAGCUGAUGGGGAGCUGCAAUCAGACUCAUCGGAAGACGAACAGCUAUUCCCGUCUCCUGAGCCGUCGGCGGUGUAUUCGCCGCUGCUUACAUCCGACUCCAGGAUUAGUUUAAUAUCUCUGCAAGAUAAAUCACAGACGAGAUCUUCGGCAAGACAGCGCGAGGGAGAGGCUCUUCUCAAAGCAUUCCCUGGCGCUCGGAGUGUUUGCUUCGUCCCCCUGUGGGAUCCGAGAAAAGAUCGAUGGUAUGCUGGCGGAUUCAUCUACACCAAGGACUUGGCCCGAAGCUUUUCUAUUGAACAAGAAUUGAGCUACCUGAGGGCUUUUGGAAUGCUUGCCAUGUCUGAAAUCCUGCGGUUCAAGGAUUUGCGAGCCGAUAAAGCAAAAACCGAUGCUCUGGGCUCACUCUCGCACGAACUACGCUCUCCACUACACGGCAUCUUGCUCAACUCGGAAUUACUGAUUGAUACUAAGCUCGACAUUUUCCAGGGGAAUGUUGCCCACACCAUUGAAACUUGCUCCCGUACACUUCUUGACACCGUAGACCACCUCCUUGAAUAUUCUAGGAUUAGCCACUUCUCUGGCCGAGACGAUAGGGCUCCUAGUCUAUCAUCGAAUGGUCUCGAAUUAGGGCAGUUUGGGAAGAAGUCUUUGCUGAGAGACUCGCGACUUGAUCAUAUCGUGGAGGAAGUAGUUGAGAGUGUCUUUGCCGGGUUCAAUUUCUUACACCUAUCUGUGAAACAGCUGUCGGAUCGACAGAACGGCUCAAUCAACAGUGAUGUGAAUGCUAACCAUCAGUCGGACUCGUUGCAAGCCAUAGACCAACUCGAGCCUUGGAUGACCAAUAAUGGGGAGCUGAAAUGGUCUUUCGAUGACGUACUGAUAAUACUCUCAAUGGAUGUGAGAUGCAACUGGGGUUAUAUCGCCAAUGUCGGAGCCAUCCGUCGAAUAGUCAUGAACAUUUUCGGCAACGCACUGAAGCAUACCAAGCGCGGCACGAUCACGGUAUCACUUACGCAAGAAAUGAUCCGUACCCGAAGCCGGAAGAAGGAACGCGUUGUUCGGUUCACAGUACAAGAUACCGGCAAGGGUAUCAGUGCCGAUUUUCUCAAACACGGGCUCUUUCGCCCCUUUUCUCAGGAGGAUCCCUUAUCACCAGGCGCUGGGCUAGGACUCAGCCUUGUGAAGCAGAUUACCACACAUCUACAAGGCGAUAUCUCGAUUCAGAGUGAAGUUGGCGUUGGAACAAUAGCCUCAGUCACACUCCCGCUGCAGCAAUUGCCCCUGUCUUUAGGCACGGCUCCUAUAAUCUCCGAGGAAGACAAAGUUUUCAAAGAACAAGUUGAAGAUCUCAAAGGGCUGCGAGUGAGGCUUCUAAUGACGAAUUCCGAAUGGCGAAAGGCUGUGGUCGACAUCUGCCGUGAGUGGCUGCACAUGGAUAUUAUUUCCAAUACUCCCGAUACAGCUGUAACGCCAGAUCUUGUCAUGUGGUCUUAUAUGGACUUGAAACCAGUACAGGAAGAUCUUCAAACAUUUUCCAAGACGCCUAAUGUAGUCGUGUGCUCAAAUGCAUUGGUGGCCUAUCGCCAGUCGCAUGCGUUCAAGAAGGCCGACUCUGCUGCUGUCUUUGAAUUUAUAUCACAACCAACUGGACCGCGUAAACUUGCCAGAACGCUACAUUCGGCAUAUAUGCGAUGGACGAGCAAUUCCAACUCACCAGCAGCGGCCACCUCAGCACCAAUGGUAGCCAAGCGACCAAAGGGACCCAAGAGAAUGCCAAGUGCGUUCUCUGCCAACAAUGUUGGCGGGCCCUCUCUAAGUCGAUCAGCUAGUACAGUAUCUCGAGUCGACAGACCAGUAUGGGCAAACAGUGGCAAUCCGUCAGCACCACUCAGCGCAACGGUCCAAGUACCUGCAGUGUCUACUAAUGAGCCUAAGACACCACCGAUCAGAAUCCUGCUCGUUGAUGACAAUUUCAUCAAUUUGAAAGUAUUGUCUACUUACAUCACGAGGCGUAACAUUGGAUUUGACGCCGCAAAGAACGGCCAGGAGGCAGUGGAUCUCUUUCUUUCAAGUUCUGACACACCAUAUGCCUGCAUCUUAAUGGACAUAUCUAUGCCUAUUAUGGAUGGUUUUGAGGCCACGAGACACAUUAGAGCUCACGAAACCCAAAAGGGACUAACACCAGUGCCAAUUAUUGCACUCUCAGGCUUGACAACGGAAGACGCCCAGCAGGAAGCUUUUGGUAGCGGAAUGGACAUGUUCUUAACCAAGCCUGUAAAGCUUGGAGACCUGGGGCGGCUACUUGAGUCUCAAGGGAUAAUCCACGCUGCUUGA